CAACACAAAAAAAGAAAAAGAAAAAAAAAAAGAGGAUCCUUAUUGUCAUUUGCAGAGAAAGCUACUUCACUCCUUUCUCUUCCUUCGUCUCUCCGUCUCCCUCAGCCCUACAUUUUCUGUUUCCGUCUACAAGAACCACUUGGUUGCUUGCUUUUCGAGCAUCGUCGUCGUCUUCAAAUUUUGUUUGUUGCUUGCUUUUGAAGCCGGCCUUUGAUGGGUGCGGCAGAAUCUGGAAUCGAUCGGAAGAGCUUUGCUUAUGGAUUUUGAGUUUUUUCUGUGAAUGAAUCUGUGUUUGUUAUGGGGAAAAAUACCGACGCGGAGCAGAAUCUUCCUGUGAGCGACGGAGCUGCUUCGGCUAGGAAUAACGGAGGAGGAAGAAGCAGAUGUUAUUGCUGCGAUUGGAUCUCUAGCUACUUUAGUCUCAGAUGCGUUUUGAUUCUUGCUUUCUCUGCUGCUGUGUUUCUCUCCGCCUUGUUUUGGUUACCUCCAUUCCUCGGAUUUGCAGAUCGAGAGGAUCUAGAUCUCGAUCCAAGGUUUAAAGAUCACAGAAUUGUGGCGAGUUUUGAUGUUGGAAAACCAGUUUCGUUCAUGGAGGACAAUUUGCUGCAGCUUGAAAAUGAUAUCACCGAUGAAAUAAGCUUUCCCAUGACCAAAGUUGUGGUAUUAGCGCUUGAACGAUUGGGUGAUCUUAACAGAACAAUGGUUAUUUUUGCCAUUGAUCCCGAGAAGGAGAAUUCUAAGAUACCUGCCGAAAUAGAGAGUCUGAUCAAGGCAGCUUUUGAAACACUGGUCCAGAAGCAGUUGUCUCUCCGUUUGACUGAAUCCUUAUUUGGGGAACCAUUCUUUUUCGAGGUGCUAAAAUUCCCUGGAGGAAUCACUGUGAUCCCUCCCCAGCCUAUAUUUCCCCUGCAGAAGGCGCAACUUCUCUUCAACUUCACACUAAACUUUUCGAUUUACCAAAUUCAAUCAAACUUUGAGGAACUCGCUAGCCAGCUGAAGAAGGGCAUAAAUCUGGCUCCCUAUGAGAACUUGUACAUAACCUUGUCGAAUUCCAGAGGUUCAACAGUGUCGCCCCCUACUAUAGUUCAUUCUUCUGUUCUGCUUACAGUCGGUUCGUCUUCGAGGUUGAAGCAACUUGCUCAAACUAUCACUAGCUCCCAUUCCAAAAAUCUCGGCCUAAAUCAUACAGUAUUUGGUAAGGUUAAGCAAGUCCGUCUUUCCUCAAUCUUACCACAUUCACCUGCCACAUCAUCAUCCCCUUCCCCUUCUCCUCAACCUGAAACCCACCAACACCAUCCUCAUCCCCAUCCCCAUCCCCAUCAUCAUCAUCAUCAUCAUCAUCAGCAUCAUUAUGAACUUGCUCCAGAACCUUCACCUUCGCCUCCAACUAAAGGCUUUACACCUGUAUCAGCGCCAACCAAACACUCAGCUUUACCCCCGAGAAACCCGCCUUGUCCUUACGAGCAGAGGAGACCAAAAGGAAACAAUGCUCUGAACCAUCAUACUGCACCACCAACGCCUGCACCACACCGGUCUCAGCCACACCCACACCCACCAGCACCAAACCCAGCUCCGCCACGUCAUCAUGCCAUACCAGUAUCUAGUCCACUUCCCCACGUUGUAUUUGCUCAUAUCCCACCUCCACCAAAAAGCAGCCCAGAACCAAAACCUACCGGCGAAAAAACUCCCUCACCUUCUCCAACCCCAUCUUCUGCGAGCACUGGUCCAACCUUGAAAAAGGCAUCAUCGAAGCUCCUUGUAGUAGUAGCCGGUGUAAUCAUCUUUCUGUAAAACAAAAACAAACAAAAAGCGCCGGAAGAAGCUGCUUUUAACGUUCAAGCUGUAAAAAUCAGCAGCAGUUCACAAAAGCACAACUCCUCCGGGUCACAACAUCAUCAAUCAAGGUAAUUGUAUAAAGGAACACAAGAGAGAGAAAUAUGUAUGUAUGAAAAAAUGAAGAGAGUUUUUUGUAAAAGAGUUGUUGAGGUUUGCAACACAAAAGUGUGUCUUGCACCUAAACAUCCGAGAAAAAAAAAAAAAAAAACAUAUAUAUAAAAAACAUUUCUGUUUUUAUUCUUGUAUAUAAAGUAAUCUUGUUUUAAUCAAUUUGUGUGAUUUCACA